AUGUUCCUAUCCGCCGUCCGCCGAUCAAGCGCUCUUCUCCAAUCCUUCAAGCCACUCUACGAUCGAGUUUUGGUUGAACGAGUCGCCGCUGAAACCAAAACCAAGGGAGGAAUUAUGCUCCCAGAGAAAUCGCAGGGAAAAGUUCUUGAAGCGACCGUUGUUUCGGCUGGACCAGGAGCUCGUAACGAGAAGGGAGAACUUGUUCCACUUUCUGUUCGACCAGGAGAUCGUGUUCUUCUUCCAGAAUAUGGAGGAACCAAGGUAAAUCAUUUGGAAAUUGGGUUUUUGGGUAGAUGACGAUUUCCAGGAAACAAAUCUUAUUGAAAAUCCAAUUUUUGCAGGUCGUUGUUGAUCAAAAAGAAUACUCAAUCUUCCGCGAGUCGGAUUUGCUCGGCGUUUUCCAAUAA